AUGGAGGCAGGGGUAUGGGCUGGUAUGGGGCAAGCUGCGUCGCGGCGGAGGGAAGGGACGACGCGUGGCCGAGUCACGACGCGUCUGUGGCUGAGAGAUUGCGACCCGAUCUGUGUGGCGCCCAGUACUUGUUCAGCGCUCAGCGCCGGCGGGUGUCCUCUCGACAACGACUUGGACGAUGGCAAGCCCGCUAGGAUGCCUCUACCUCCCACCUCCUUCAAGGGCCCACAUCCCGUCGCUCCGCCCUCGAGCUCCUCAGUCAAGCCGACUCCCUCUGCUGUCACUUGUCCGACUUGGGAAUGCGCCUGCGCGACGGCACGGAGGGAGGGUUGGGCCAGGAGGGACGAUGCCGCGCUCGCGGCAGUCCCGACAGACCUCUCUGUCCCAUGCACUCCCCUCGAACCAGCUCCUCGAAAAGAGGUUCUGCGUCAUCUACACACGGCGCCCGCUCCCCUGCUCGAGCCUCUCAAGGAUGCGCACGCCAGCCGCCUGAAGGUCGGUCGCGUAGUGAUCUUGGAAGGUUCUCCGAAUGCUGAUCUCGAUCGCCACCGCUCGGAGGCUAGCGGCUGGGGCGCAGACACGUCGAUGGAUGCUACGACGUGCGACCAGACAAGCCAGAAUGGGACGGCAGUUAUCGUCGGAGAGGUUGAAGGAUGCCGUAGAGGACCUCGAGUGGCGGGGGAGAGGUACGGAAGGUGGCUCGAGCUCAGCACCGCGAAGGGCAGACAUAACGAGGGUCCUGCGCACGGUCAGACAUCUCGAGGCACUACCGACAUCGACUACCAAGAUAUUAAGAGAGUGUCGCCCUGUCUCGCGGAACCUUCUCGGGGACUGUUCGCACUCGCAAAAGGCGUCGAACAUGCUGCGAAGGCGCUACAAACAUCCUGA